AUGGUACACUUGUUAGUGAAGUUCCUCUUCUUGUUAUUCAUCAUGCCUUAUAACAUUGAGGGUUGUGAACCCGAGGUGCACAUUCACAAUGAUGUUCCUCAGAAUUCUCCUCAGUUAGAAUUUCAUUGUGCAUCUGGAGACGAUGAUCUUGGUUAUCAUUAUCCUUCAGUGGGGUCGGAUUUUAAUUGGUCCUUUUGUGCGAGUCCUGUUACGUUAUUCUUUUGUCAUUUUUGGUGGAAUGGAAAAAAUAUACGCAUUGAUGUGUUUGACCAAUUGGGAGGCUGCGUUGGUGAUGCAAAACGUGGUUCUGUUCCAAACUAUACUGUAAAAUGUCAUUGGCAGGUGAAGGAUGAUGGUAUCUAUUUAGGGUAUUUUGAUACUGAUGUUGAUCAACUUGUAUUUACAAAAUACCGUGAUUGGUAA